UAUGUAAAAACACAAGAAAAGAGUGCUUGUUGUGACCCACGUUUUCUGGAUGGGUGUACGGUUUUGCGACUAGGUUACCUAGGCUGGGAUAGGUCUAGGCCUAUUGAUGGAAACAGUAAUGGAAAAAAAUUAUGAUAGAUUCUGUUUAAAUCUACCACAAGACUCAAGACCAUUCUUUACAGAAGAAAGUUAUAACAGACUGUCUUUAAAACCAUCACUGGAGAGAUUUUUAGAAGACUCCAAAUUAUCAAAUGUUAACAUUCAUCAAGGAUUGGAGACAGACCCUAAAUUGAAGAGUCCAAAGCUGGGGUAUCCAUUCCCCAGGAAGUCAUCUUUAACUUGGUCACAACAGCAGAAGUAUCUAGAAUUGUAUCACAAGUUCUCAACAUAUGUACCUCAGCUUUCAUCUAAACAAGAUCUAAAUAAUAUAGAGCAUUUCAAGAAAUUACAGAUGCAGGUGGGUCAAGAACAAGAAGAAUUCAUGAGCUACUUGCGAUCAAUUGCAAUUGACCACCCCGAAGACUAUUCAUUCACAAGUACAAAGGUCAAUGAAUUCAUGAAGAGAUACCUUGAACAUUCUCUAAAGCGUUUAUAUGGUGUACCACGCUACUACACAGUUCACCAAACUCUUAGCUUAAGAGCUGGAGCAGUGUAUAAAACAGAUGCCGUCAUGAAGUUCAUUAAACAUCUUAUAAUUACGGGUAAGAGGAAGAUCAUUGAUCAACCUUGCUUAUCAAGCUAUAAAGGUAUUAUGAAGAACCAAGCCAUUUUAGACCAAAUCACAUGCAUAUCCCAUCAUCAGGAUUUGAGUCUUGAUCCAAGGAUAACUGGCUUGGUUGCUGAGAAUCCAGUAGACUUUAUCAUUUCCAGUGAAGCACUUCUCACAUUGCUUGACAACCAUCCGCCAAACUAUGAUCAACAGUGGGAAAUCCCAGUCACUAUUCGCCACCAAAAGAAAGGUUCAACCACCCAAAAAGUUGUUGUGAUAGAUGCACCUUUGUUGAAAAAAACAUAUCUUCCAAAAGAGCAAAAUACACUCUUUCACACUCAGAUUAUGAAGCAUCAUUUGAAUGACGUGAGUAUGAAACAAAAUGAACAAAGUGAACAAAAAACAGGGAAACAAAAAACUACAGAGAAUUUAACUUCAUCAUCUCAACCAAAGAAAUUAAAAACAAAUGAAAUGGAAUGUGAUUUUGGAGAUGACCUUGAGAUUGAUCUUCUGGAGACUUUCGGCUUUGGAAAUUCAAAGAAGCUGUUUCCAAAAGGGAUUCAGAUUAAACAAAAGGCAACGAGAAAUAAUACCUCAUCAAAUGAGCAGAUUCAGAAAGCCACAAAAUGUCAGCAACAUACAUCACAAGAAUUGUACAAAAGUAUUGAACAGCAUCAAAAUGAUAAUUCGGUAAAUGUAGUGGAAGUUCAAGAGACUUUUACCAACAAGUUCAUUGAUUCUCAGGGUCCAAAUUUGUCUAAUAACAGUGUGGACUCUCAGCAUUCUGUUUGUAGUUCUAAAUGUGUUAACCAAGACAAUCUACCUCAUACCAAGUUUCAAGAUGAAAGUGUUUGUGAGGAAAAGCAGGAGAAAUCAGUAGAGAAAUUAAAUCAAAGAUCUGGUGUGCAGACUUGUACAAAAGAAACAUUAUUUAGUGAAAGCAGUGAUACAGAACAUGAACUGGUGAUAGUUCAGGAUUCAAGCAGCCAUGAUGAAGGUGAUGGGGACACAUUCCAGAAGGAUCAAUCACACUUAACAGGGGACACAGUUAGUAUCUGUAACAGAAACUAUGUCAGUGGGGUUUUAACAAGGAAUAGAAAAAAGACACAAUUUGAUGAUCAUGAAAUGAAAAAAGAUAGUAGUGAUGAAUGUCAUUCUAUUGUAAACCAAAAUACUAAACCUAAUGGAACCAAUGUUGAUGAGACAUUGGACAAAUUUUCACCAUUAAGGAGAAGCACAAGACUGAAGGGUCUUCACAGACCUGAUACAUCUCAGAAAAAUGUCCUUUUAUGUAAGAUGGACAGUGAUGAAAAGAACACUGAAACAAGUUUUAAGGAGCCUGGUGUUUGUGAAUCAAUGGAAGAAAAUUGCUUGGUACUGACCCCUGCUUCACCAGAUGAAAAGGACAGAGGUAAUCCUGUACAUGUACCCCUGAAGCAAUUUUCAGAGCAAGGUGCUGAAAAUGUAACAAUACAUCAAGAACUACAGCAGAAUAAUUCCCAAAAAGAUGAUGUAUUUGCUUAUUCUGCCAAAUGUUUGGAUCCAAGAGAUGUUCAAAGACAAUCAGAAGAAUUCAUGAAGAAACUUAGUACUAAUGAACACAAAGCUGAUAAUAUUGGACAGACUCGAUUACCUUCAAGUGAUGAUGCAGAGGAUGGAGAAACAUCCUACAGUUUGUGGAGUUUUGGAAAAUUCCAAAUCCUCGUAAAAUCCUCUACAGAUGGCAGAUCAAAAGUACAAUCACAACAGGAUGUUUCAUUGUAUAUUCAACCAAAAUUGGAGUAUCAACCAGCAUUUGGGCAUGAGCAGUUGACAGUCAGUGAAGUAUGUCGCGGAUGGUUAAAGCUUUUCCUUACACCAGGAGCUCAGCUUAUUAGAGGUCGUAUCAAUGUCAUCACCUCUGAACUUUUGAAGCUGGAGUAUGUUGACUUGAAAUCCAUUCUAAAUCCAUUGGUUCCCUUUAGCCCUGGGCAAUCAAUGAAAAUGUUGCAUUCAUGCCUAAAGAGUCUUUCUUGCCUCCCAGAAGGCCAGUAUCUGCUAUCCCACAAUGCCAGAGAUAUCCAUGCCUGUAUUUAUCAAAGCACAGAUCCUGCUGCUGGUAAGAGUUGCUAUGACCUCCAUGCCAAUCAUCAGAAACAAAAACUAGGCCACUACAGUCCUACCAGCCCUCCAUGGCUUCCUCUGGAUCCCAAUCUGCCUCUUCAGCAACAUAUUGAUGAAUCUAGAAUUCCAGCUACAUUUCCACCUGAAAUGAACAAUAUCAGCAAACCUGUGAAUGCAAAAGGAGCCAGAAAUGCAUCAUCCAAGAAAAGAAACAUGAAACUGAAGUCAUUGUGACCUGCACACAUGUUUAGUUUUAAUAGACUUCACCAAAUUGUCAAUCAAACUUAAAAACUGACCAAUCAGAACAAAGUCAAGUCGAACAAGCACACAUGUUGUUCCACAAAUGCAUGUGUGUGGGUAUGUUAAAGUCUUUUGAGCAUCCUGCUGUCAGUUAAACACAACUCUGGAUUAUUUGUCUACACUCUUGCACACUAUAGAUCCAUAUGUGUAAAGAUGCAUCAUUAAAUGCAAGUACCUUUAGAUGUACUGUCAAAAAUUCUGAAUUCAUUCAGUUCAAAAUGAAUUGAUUUAGUAUGCCAUCAAGAGCCACUAUCAGCUGUAACUACAUAUAUAAUAAAUGUAUAAUACACAAAUAUGAGUUCCCUCUGAACAGAGUAAAUUAAAUGUUCAUAGGCAUCGAUUGGUGGGGGACAGGGGAACAAGUUUGUGCACUACUAGACUUUAGAAAAUUACGAACAAGGUUUCACUGGUCUUUGGUGAUAAAAUCAAACUUUGUUAACUCACAUCAGGUAUCAAAUCCACAAAAUUAUUCAUUUAACUGAUAAAAAUUAGGAAUUUGCCUUUUGGGAAACCAUAAAAAAAAAAACCACUACAACGAGAGAGGGCGUACUUCAAAAGUUUAUAUCCCGGUAUAAACAGCACACUCCCCCACCGUGAUGGACGAUAUCAUCAAAAUUCAAUUUCCAUGAAGUGUAAAAGGUUUACAGUAUGUCAAAUUAACAAAUAUACUGUACAAUACAAUAUAUAGUACAGUGUAACUUUGACUAUGAGAACAAUCAAAACAGUUCAUAUGAGGUGAUUAGAUCCUCUUAAAAGAAAUUAAUUUUUUAUUUUCUUAAAUUUUAUUUUUUAUUAUUAUUUUUUUUUAUUAACA